UUGAUGCAGGAAUCUGUCCGAAGGAUAAUCGAGACGGAGGAAGCGAGAAUGGGCCUGAUUGUGGUGAAUGCCUGGUACGGGAAGUUCGUCAACGACCAGAGCAGGAAGCAUGAAAAGGUGAAAGUCAUAGAUGUGACGGUGCCCUUGCAGUGCCUGGUGAAGGACUCCAAGCUCAUCCUCACAGAGGCAUCCAAGGCUGGUCUGCCCGGGUUCUAUGACCCUUGCGUCGGGGAGGAGAAGAGUCUGAAGGUGCUCUACCAGUUCCGAGGAGUUCUGCACCAAGUGAUGUCUGCCGACAACGAGGCCCUUAGGAUACCAAAGCAAUCUCAUCGGAUAGACACAGAUGGCUAAUUUGGCGGCGAAGCAGGGAAGAUGCCAGGUUCUGUGCCGGGGUCGACAGAAACCGUGCCAUCCUUCCUCCCCGGAUUCAGCACAUCUUCAGGGCCGCUGGAGACACCUCUUAUUUUAUGAUCUGUACAGAAAGGCUGGGGUUUUUUACACCAAUUACGUUAACGGGACAAAUGAGAUGAAGUGACUUUUGAUGAGAGCAAAACCCGGGUGCUGCUGGGCCGAUGCCACCAGCACGUGACAGCUUCCUGUCUUGCCCCAGGUCCGUGGGGAGGGGGAUGGAGUGCGGGGGUGAACCCCUCCCCCCCAUGCCCAGGACCGUAUUAUCUUCAGCCAGGGGGACUUUGGGGGAGGAGGCUAUCAGUUGAGAUGGAAAUAAGAGUUGUUACUUUCAGAGAAUAGGGUUACUUCAAACAAAGAAUACGGUGGGUUAAAGGAAUUACCCGCCUUGGCCCACCACCUGUCUGUCCCCCUGCUCCUGGAGGGGCAAACCUGUGUAUCCUCAGCGAGGCAAAGACUGUGUAGUGUUCACAUCUCUUCUGAAAUCAAAACACAGCUUCUACUGCUCUCCUGUCCUGGCCACACUCUUAGUUGGGAGUGGAGGGGACAUGCUCAGUAAGAACAGCACCCCCGUCAGAUUGCCCGUGGUCCCAGAGGCCUUUUGAAAGAACAGCCCUUCCUUGGAUUACAGUAGCCACACGUGUGUUCUUCCUGAUUGUCAAGCUAGGAAAAGGGUGGGUGGAGUGGCAACGGGGAGGCCAAAUGGCUGCAAAACAAGUGUGCCAAAUACGAGCAAACCUCUGCACAAUAGGGCCACCACCCCUUCUGAUGCUGUGGUGUGUUGUGUGUGCUAAUUGCUCCUCUGGGCAGGAGGCUGCUGUUGUGCCACCUAAAGCAGCUGCCCCACCUGUUUCUGCAGCCUCCGUGCAAGAGGAAUGGUGGCGAAGGCUGCUGGCAUACAAGACUUGCUCUUGGUCCCUCCUCAGAGCACCUGCUUUUACUUUUACACAAGCUUCCCGAAAGCAGGUGCAUCUAAACCAAAAUGAGCACUGUAGCAACUGGUAAUCCUUGAACGAGAUGCGCUCAUGGUAUACUUCUCCACCCUGCUGUUCUUCCGUGUCCUUACCAGUCUCUCUUUCGUGGGCCGACAUUCUUGACCCCUCAAUAAGCCAUAGCCUUUACCCUGAGCAAAACAAUAGGAGAUUCCAAAGAAUCUUAGACGUGGCCUGCCACCCUCCUGCUUUUUUCAUCCUGAGAAUCACGAUUAUUUGACAAAUAGCUUCAUCUCCUCUGUAGCCAGCUCCAACUGCUCUUCCCUUCGUUUCUGUUUAACUACCUGUUGUGCAGUGAAAAUUCCCGUUCCCCACGGGGUUCCCGGUUCUACAGGUGGAUUUUCCCAAUAUCCAUUAAAGCUGUUGGGAGAAGAAAUACUUUGCAUGGCCAUAGUAAUCCCCCUGGGAAAGCAGCGGGGGCAGCAGAUGGGCAACGUUUUUAAUCCGACUCCAGGCUUGGAAAGGGGGUUUCUGAGGGACUCCACGCAAAGCACAAGAAGGCACGAGGGCCUCUUGCUUGGUGGUUUAUUCUGGGACAUACAUCUCUGCAAUGACAGUCUUCCCUCCCUUCUCCCCCUUCUGCGACUGGGAACUUUGCAAAGCGCAUGACGUGCUGCUGAGGGCGGAGCCUCUGGUUUCUACUGUAACAAAUAAGGACAAUAAAAUUG